AUGGCCGUCGGAUACGCCAAGGAUCAGCCCGAGGGCUUCACUAACCGCAUCGAAAAUGUCGCGAUUGUCGGGGCGGGCGGGUCAGUUGGAAGACAUCUCAUCGAUCAACUUCUCAAAAACGGCAAGCAUAUCGUGACCGCAAUCACCCGCCCCAGCAGCACCAACAAAAUGCCCGAGGGCGUCCAAGUCGCUCGCGUCGAUUACGCUAGCGACGAUGACACGGCUAUCGUGGAGGUCCUGCGUGGUCAACAAGUCCUGCUGAUCACCAUGAAUAUCAUGGCUCCACCCGACACCAUCAUUAAGCUUAUCUGUGCCGCCGCCAAGGCCGGGGUGCCGUAUAUCGAACCGAACUGGUACGGGCACGACGCCGCCAACGACGCUCUCUGUGACGAUAGCCUUCUCACCCCCAACCGCGACCGCAUCAUUGCCGAAAUCACGCGUCUGGGCGUCAGCGCCUACUUGUUCCUCGUCUCCAACUUCUGGUACGAGUUUAGCUUGGGUGGUGGACCGGACCGAUUGGGGUUUGAUUUCACCAAGCGCAGCUUCACCCUCUACGAUGGGGGCGAUGUGCCCAUAAACACGAGCACUUGGCCGCAGUGUGGUCGGGCCAUUGCGAAAUUGCUGAGUUUGAAGGAACUCCCCGAGGAUGAGAACGACCAGUCCCCCACCCUAUCCCAGUUUCGCAACCGCUCCGUGUAUGUGUCGAGCUUCCGAUUGACCCAGCGCGAGAUGUUUGAGAGUGUCAAGCGGGUCACCAAGACCACGGAUGCGGACUGGACCAUCACGCAGGGCUCUGUUGCGGAGCGGUUCAAAGAAGGACAAGAGGGCAUGAAGGUGCACAACUGGAAGGUGUUUACCAAGAUGCUGUACAGUAGGAUGUUCUUCGCGAAUGGUGAUGGGGAUUACGAGUCCAGGCGGGGUCUGGAUAAUGAAUUGCUUGGUCUUCCCGUCGAGAAUUUGGACGAGGCUACGGCAGAGGGGAUCCGGAUGGGUGAGAACAACGAGGUUCCAUUCUCGCAUUGA